GUGUGUGUGUGUGUGUGUGUGUGUGUGUGUAUUGUGCACGCCUUUGCCCUCCUCCUUUCCUCCGGCUUUCUCUCUCUCUCUCUCUGUUUCUCCACGCCUUUUCACAGGAUUUUCAUUUGAAUGAAAACUCAGGCAGGCAGCCUGUGUGUGUGUGAGUGAGUGCGUGUGUUUGUUUGUGAGUGGGGGGAGGGGCCCCUCACGUCGGCCGGGAGUUCCUUGGGGCUCGGCCAAUCAGGGCGGGAGUUCCUUGGGUACUCCACCAAUCAGCAGCCAGAUGUCAAGUCUGACAGUCCCUCCCACUCCCUCCCUCGCUCCUCUUGUUCUGUGUGGUAGAAGUCGUGCGAGGCUGUUGAUUGGCCGGUUCGUGUGAGUGUGUAGGGGAGGGCUCAGACAGCGUACUAAACCUCACGUCUGCUCCUAUUUCAUCUAGAGAGCCAGUGGGCUGUGUAGUGGAAUCAGGACACAGAGAGAGAGAAGCAACAGAGCAGCCCAGAGAGAGAGAGCUGCUCAGAGGAGGAGCAGCAGCGGCGGCGGUGGCGGAGUGCGCUAGCUACGGGAUUAACCGCCAGACACUCACUCACUCCACUGGACGCCGGUAAAGAGCAGGAGGGGGAGGAACCAAACCAAACCUAAAGAACCCAGCCACCGAGCGAACGGCAGAACAACCGAGUGGAGUUCGCUGUUUUUGGAUCGUAUUCCCCCCUCUAUGCUUUCUUUUACUUUGACUUUUUCCGUCGGCACUCUUUUGCACACUCUCUCUCUCUCUGUGUGAAGAGAGUAACGGUUCUGCUGAACGAGGAGGCUCUCUCUGCUCUGCGCUGUGAGCGUUCGUUCGUUCGUUGGUGAGAAGAGCGAUAGAGAGAGAGAGAGCUGUGUGGUUGUUUGGAGCAUCGCCUUGAACAGCUCUCACUACUCCCACCACUCUCCCACCAGCACCAUCACCCUGAGCCACCCUCACCCUCACUGCCCCCCCUCCCCUCCCCUCAUUUCAACCCUCGCCCCCCCACCCCCUGUUGCCCUGUUGCCCGCACCUCUGCUCCGAGACCUUGCCCUGAGUUCCGUUGCUCUCCCCCAAAACCUAAACGCUGUUGCAGUGCUGUGCUGUGCCGGGGCUCCGCUACGCUAGUCAGUCAGUCAAGGCAAGUCAGUCAGCCGGACUGAUGUGGAAUGCGACCCCUGCUGACCCCUGCCCACAAGCCCCCAUUCACUGAGCCGACACCACCGACACCGCUACCGCCGCGCAGAGAGGCCGCAUAAAGGACGCCCCGACGAAAAGAGGGGAGAGGGAGAAAGAAAAGGGGGAGACCACAGAGAGAAAGGAGAGAAAGACAAGAAGUGACGGCCGCAGCAGCAGCAGGAGGAGUCCUUUAGGAGCGUGCUUCAACCACUGCCAGUUACCCAUCAUGCCCGUGGAGACGCUGCGUCCCUCGGGCCCCCUGGGGGGCGGCGGGGGCCCCAGCCCCUUCACCUCGGGCAUGCCCUUCCGCAUCCUCAACAAGGGGCCCGACUACUUCCGGCGCGGCCCGGCGGGAUGCCUGGAGCUCGGCUCCAACCACAACAACAACGGCGGCGGCACGCGCAAGAUGAGCGCCGUGGAGCGCCUGGAGGCCGACAAGGCCAAGUACGUCAAGAGCCAGCAGGUGGCGCUCAACAGACAGGAGCCCGUCAAGCCGCCCAUCAUCCGCAAGCCGCUCAUGUCGCCCGGCAUGAUGCUGCAGUGCCGCAUCAGCACGCCGCCCGCCCGCAAGGUGCCGCGACGACCCCUGGCUCACGCAGACGCCGAGAACGGAGGAGGAGGAGGGGAGGGGGGCAUUUUCGGGUCGCGACGGGGCCCCCAUCUGAACCUGGAGAUCCUGAAUAACCUGAUUAACGUGUGCGAUGGGCCCAUGGUGACGACACCGUCCUCCUCGCCGUCACCCGUGCCCUCCUCACCCUCGCCCUCUGCCUCGUCACCGUCCCCCUCGUCGGGGUGCAAGAGGCCGGGGACGGUCACCUGUCCUCUGGAGCCCCAGCAGCAGCAACAGCAGCAGCAGCAUCCUCUACCAUCCUCCAUCAUCACCGCCCCUUCCUCCUCGCCCCUCAAUGGCCAUAUGGACCGCCGGCCGCCCCCUGUUCCAGCCCGCGCGCCCCGCGUGCCCACAGCCUACAGCUCCCCGAACACGGUGACGGUGCGCCGGGUGGACGUGCGUCCCCAGGCCGCCGAGGUCCGCAAGCCGCCCCGCAUCCCUCUGCAGCCGCCCCCCAACCCCCACCCCCACCACCACCAUCCGCACCGCAAGCCGCGGCAGAUCGCCCAGCCCCAGGCCCCGCCGUCGCUGCCUCCACCCCCACCACCACCCAUCGCUGGCACCACUGCCACCACCAACACCACCACCACCAGUACCUCCAACUCCACCUCCUGCCCUUCCCCAUCCCCGGCCUCCCUGCCCGCCACCCUCCCCAGCCAGCAGCAGCACCACCCUCCAGCCCCCUCCCAGGUCGGCAAGCCUCCUGCCAGCCCGCUGCUGCUCCGCGCCUCCCCCGUAGGUGGCGCCGUCGUGAUGAUGCCACCCGCCUCACCCGCCGUCACCCGCAUCUCCUCCACCAGCUCGCGCGGCUCGCGGCACGGCGGCAAGCACGGCGCGCACCACCACCCCUCGCUGCACCGCUCCAAGUCGGACCUGUCGGACCGCUACUCGCGGGCCACCGCCGACCUGGAGCGCUUCUUCAACUACUGCGGCCUGGACCCCGAGGAGGUGGAGGGGAUGGGCGGAGUGGAGCGGUUCGCACGCGCCGCAUCGGACAUCAUCUCCGUGUCUAAACUCCGCAGUGUCAGCACGCCGAGCUCCGAGUGUGGAGACUACCACAACGGACGCCACGGAGGAGGGAGAGGAGGUGAGGAGGAGUACGAGGAGGAGGAAGAGGAGGACGAAGGGCCACCCAGGCCCAACGAGAGAGUGCCGUACAGCAUCUCCGUCAUCGAGAGGAACGCCCGCGUCAUCAAGUGGCUUUACGGCAUCCGGCAGGCGAGAGACACUUCGCAAAACAACGUCUCCAACGUCUAAGUACAGUGGUCUUCCAAACAUAGGCCCCCACGCGACAGACAUUUGGCCAUUUUUCCAUAAGGUUGGAACAAAUGACAACAUGUAGUAUGUGUGCUAUCUGUGGCCAUACGGACAGGCGAUUUGUUUUUCGCCACCAGCCUCAGUUGCGCUGCAUAAUUGGGCCCUUGGGGGAAAUAAUUGGAGACCACUGUUCUAGUAGAACAUUAUCUUUGCUAUUGGGGACGCGAGACUUUUCUAGAACCUUUUUCACAAACUCAUUGAAGCCUUCACUCCGGAGUCAUGAGGAGGCUCACGCUGUUCUCAAGGCCUCGUUGUCUUAUGACCUUUUGCAUCUGUCUGCACAGGAGGCUGGACUUCAGGACAGACGUGUGGAAGUCAAUAUUGGAAAUAUGCAUUGGAGGAACAGAAGAGACUAAUCCAGAUAGCCCUGUUCGUUUCUGUUUUUUUAUAUAUAUAUAUGGUUCUAUAGUUUAUUUAUUAAUUUUUUUUGGAGAAAAAAAAACACAUUUAAAGUUCCCCAAUUUUUGGUGUCCAAUAUAAUAACUUUGUAUAUUUCUGUUACAUGGAAAAGAGGUUUCGUUUUCUUUUUCGUUUUUUGCCUUACAGUAAGUUAAAGGAUACGUAAAUAUAUAUCUAUUUUUGUUUCUUUCUAUUGUGUCGAGGUGUGUCAGGGGAGGAAACUCCUGUAUGUUUGGUGCAUUAACCUUUUAGACUUGGAAACUUGCCGGCUCUUCCUCUGCAAAUGUGAUGUCAUCGUAUCGUACGCAUCAGGACGAGCAGGCAGGGCGGUCAGGGCAGGCAGGAAGCACUCUGGACCACUUACCUCGGAGGUGAACGCAAGGCUAGCACACACUCUCUGCUCUCGGCUGCACACAGAGGGCACUUCUCAAUGUGAAGGGUUCUAGUCUUGACAGUGCGAGUAACGCACAUUUUACGCAGAUUUCACCAAGGGGUAUCCAUUAUUUAGUUCUAAGUAGGGCUGCACAAUUAAUCGAGAAAUAAUCAAGAUCGUGAUAAAUUAGUGAAAU